ACAAACCUUGGAAAGCCCUGUGACAAUUCUUAUCACUCUAGUGUAGCCAGGUAGGGCAAUUGUUGCUAAUUUGCUACCAGCUGUUACUCUAGUGCUUGUUUGGUUGAGUUGCUUGGCCCACUCCGUCGAAGGAGAGGUUAUAGGUGAUUAAGUGGUUCUGAUCCUCAACAUGAAGCCUUCAGGAGCAAUACGUUAUCCUGUAGAAGGUUUGACAUUGCAUAGAGUAGCUGUUGGACAGAGAUCACAAGGUGAUGGGGAAGAGCAGGCAGCACCUUCGACUCCGUCUUUACAAGAAACGACCUCGACGCACGUAAGGGAAUUAUGUGCUUCAGAGAAAACGACCCCAGAAAUAAGUAGCCCAUCGGAGAAAUGUGAAAAUGUGUCACUGAAUGAAAAUGCUAUUGUUAGUAAAACCAGACUUUCGAGUGAUAAAAGUGCAGGUGAAAAACCUCAGAAGGAUAAGACACUUCCAAGUAUUCAAGAUAUAGCUCAGAAGCUUACUAAAGUUUCUAUUAUGUCCUCUCCUGAUUGUCAUUUGCUCAAUACUCCACCAAAAGAUGUUAAUGCAAAGAUUAGUUACCGUUUACAUCCUCAGCUAUUAACUAAGAGCUCAGCACCAAUUCAUAAAGAUGGGUCACCUAAUUUUCAUAAUCAAAAACGAAAGGAACCAAGAUUUAUCCCGUAUGAACCUUACAAAGGAUGUGUAAAACCCAUAGAUUGCAAGAAAACCAAGAGUAAGGCCAAAGUUGGAGGUCUUCCAGAAACUACUAAGCACCAAAAUAAAACAUCGCCGGAACUUGUAGAGUGUGAUAAAAAAAAGGCAGAAAUGAUGAGCAUUGUAGUUCAGGAGUUUGAAAAUGAACGAAUGACUUGGGAAGAAGAGAAAGCCUCACUUCAUGCUGAGAAGCAGUUACUUGAAGAUCAGUUGAAUCAGUUCAAGAAGGACAAGGCAAACUUAGAAAGUCAACUAAAUGUUCAGUCUCAGGUAAAUACAGAGCUUAAAAAAUUAUUAGUGGCAUCUGUUGGGGAAGAUGUUCAAGGCAGAGUACAGUGCCUUACAGAAGAUAAAGCACGAAUGGCUUCCAUGAUUCGUCGGUAUUCAGAGAAGGUUGAUAAAGACUAUGAAGAGAAAGAAAGAAUGGGAAUUCAGUGUGAUGUAUGGCGUUCCAAGUUCCUGGGAAGCAGUAUGCUUGUUGAUGAGCUUGCUAGCUGGAAAGCAGUUUUAUCACAACGUUUGGAAGAAGCUCAAGAGGCUGUGAGAAUACUGAUGGAUGAACAUGAUUUAGCCAGGCAGCAUAUACUUAAUACAUAUAGAAUGAACAAACAACUACGAGAAGCCUUUGAUCCCCUAGCUGUAACUUCUGGAGGAAUUCCACCUUUAACAUCAGCUGACUUGGUAACUUUGGCAGUUGAGGGAUCAUUGCUAUCUCAGACUGUUAGAGAUCACUUAUGUGGACCACUUGGCCGCUCCCUAGGAUGUAGUUUGUCAUUGGAAGGGUUGGAAAUCCAGACGCCUGGAGAGAAGAUGGCACGACAGAUUUCUUCAGUAGUGAUAAGGGAACCUGCUUUGGUUGGACAGAUCCAAAGUAAAGACAACUUGAGAAAAUUGGAAUGUGGUACAGUAUCACCAGGUGCAGCUGCUAUGCUUCAAAGGUUCCAUCCAAAUGCUCGAUAUGAGCAUGUAACUGUGAAUUGCUGUGGUCAUUGCAAUGGUGAAAUCAAGGUCAUAUAAGUUAUAUGCACUGUCAUGAAGUAAUGUAGACUAUAGAAUAGCGCUCACAGAAAUAUGAUUAAUUUUUAUGUGUCAAAUUAUUUUUAUAUGUAUUAUAAGCCACAUGUAAACAACAUGUGGACGACUGAAAUAUAUCACCCAUUAAUUAGUCUGUGAAUAAGAUGCAUCAGAAUAUAUUAGUGACAGUGUUUGACCAAUUCUUUAUCUUUUCAAUUUUUAUUUAGUUUUACAAUUUUAGAUUUUACCUUUGAACAAAUGAUCAUAUACACAACAUAGUAAAGUUUGAAUAUAUUAAAGAUAAAAUAUUUUCUAUAAUGUGGAGUAUAUUGUAAAGUUUUAUAUCUCAAUCCUAUAUAAUAUCAGUGAUGAUGCUGUUGCUGUUCAUUGUUUUUAUACCUUUUAGUCAAAGUAAAAAUUAUGAAAAUUUUAAAAAGACAUUCUUAAGUAAAAGAGACAUUGGAUGAAGUGCUGGCAUAUGACUGACCAGUCAUUUAAAGUGUAUUUUAUGCAGUUAGAAAAAUUCAGUAGAUGGAGAUGUCAUUUAAUAGUUUGAACCUUGAAUGUUUUAGUUACAAAGGAGAGGUACUUACAGCAUAAAGAGAUUAGCAAAUUUUUUGUAUGGAUAAAAGAUAUAUAUAUAUAUAUAUAUAUAUAUAUAUAUAUAUAUAUAUAUAUAUAUAUAUAUAUAUAUAUAUAUAUAUAUAUAUAUACGUAAUUGUAUAGUACUCGACUAAGUUUUCUUGUUGCACCCUUAUUAGGUGUCUUUGCUGUGAUAUUUAUCUCACAUUUUGUGAUACCCUAUGCACUACUACUUAUAGCAUAGUUCCUCAAGCAAGGGUUUUGAUAGUGAUGACGCCCUUCUUGUUUUCACUGUUACUCUGUCAAAAGCAUUUACUUGUCUUUUAUGAGACCUUUAUUCUUAUUUGUCUCUUAGUCUUCCUGAAUUGUAUGGAAUGAAGUGAAGUAAAUGCACUGUUAUAGUGCUUGAGGUUGAAUAGUGCUCUACUUGUUAAACCUCACUGUUGUCAGUUUCAGAGCUUCUGUAUUUUUUUUACUAGGUGAUCAUUUUGUUCUGUAUAUAUAGACUACCACAGGAAUCAUUUUCACAGUACGUAGUACAUUUAUGACUUUGUCUUGUAGAUCUUUUGCAGUGACACCUUAAUGUUACAGGCCACAAAAAUACAGUAUUCACCACAUAGGUAUUGACACAACUAUCUAUAUUAUAGGAGAAUCCCACCACACUGUAAAUUGUCUGAAUCAGAAUGGAACCAAUUUUCUUGGCUGUAAGAAUAAGUAAGAUAUCUGAGGGUAUUCUAUUUUGUAAACAAAUUUUGUUGUAGUUUUGGAAAUAGUAAAAAUAAGUACUCAGGUCAGAAAUGGUGUUAAGCAUGUGAAUACAGACUUGAGAGAACUCUUAGAAGCCAUUGUUUACAUUGAAGUUUAGGUGUAAUGUUUAGAUGAAGGAAAAUUUUAUUACAACGUGAGAUAGUCCACUUUUACAUGUAUGUACUAUUGAUCAUAGGCAUAACAGUACAUAUUACUAGUCUGACAUUAAUUUUCAUUUUUAAAAGAAUUGGUUGACAACUUGCAGAUAUUUACAUAUACCGUAGUUCUGGAGGUUAUACUUUUUGAGAAUUUUGCAGUGCUGAAAUAUGUGUAAGUUUUAUGUAUUUUUUAGUUUCUUAGAUCUUAAUCUGUGUUCUUUAUGAAUUUUAAUUUCACUAAGGAUUUUAAAACAUGGUUCAAGGAUACUGUUAAAAUGAACAAAAAUAUAUUCACCAUGAACAAAAAGCUUUUUACAGUAUCAGAAACUUUUGAAAUGUUGAAAUUAUAGCAUUCCAACUUUUGACUUAUUUUUAUGCCCCCUGUGUAAGUUAUGUAAAUUCUGGUUCCUUUUAUAUGUACAGUGUGGGAAAUAAGGUCCACAAUGAGAUACAUGCAAUGAAACUUUAGUAUCAAAAAUAUGUAUGCACUCACUUGAAAGUUUUCAUUGAACUAUUGUGGACAUAUUGACUUGAAAUUCACCAAAGGUUUUUAGUGAACAAAUCCACAGUAGUUGAAUGAAUGCAUAAGGAGUUAUAGGACAUAUUUCAUUGUGGAUCUUACAUUACGUUUUUGAGAAGUAUGACAUAGCAUUACAUAUUAUAUUUCACAUACAAUGUUUCUUCUUUUCUCCUUAAAUUUUCAAGUAGUCCUGAAAAGAAAUUGUAAAUUUUAAAUAUGUAUUUCCACAUGAGUAUGCGAAUAAUUUGAAAAAUUAUUGAAAGUUGAUAUAUUACAUUCUCAUUAAGGAUAUAAUUUGUGUAAAAGUGGUUGGAAACAUUUAUGGAUUGUCAUAUCAGUAUUUUAGAAUCUUUGCUGGAUCCUUGUAGGUUUGAAGGGAAAUGACAUGUAUAAAGCAGCCAUAGCUGCUAUGACCAGAUCAAAAAUAGAACAUUCCUGUAAGUGAUUAUUUAACUGCUGGAAAACCCAUUGGAUUGCUGCAUUCUUUAAACCAAGAAGAGCACCAUAAUGAAGUACCUAAUUUCCUUGUCUAAGAGUUGGUCAUAACCAUGGGCAUGGAUGUCUGGCACCAACAUUACCCAUUCCCUUUAUUCAGAGAAUGUAGGUAACAUUAACAGUUGAAAAAUUUCAUGUGACUGUCCAUACUUGAAUCAACAACAAAUGUCAAGUUCUAGCAAUACGUAAAUCAAUAAAGGAAAUUUUGUCAGAAUCAUCAGCAUUUCGAGGUAUCUCCAGUGACAUUAUUAGGUUUUUAAUGAAUUGCAAUUUAAAGAUUUAAAUUGUAUGUAAGACAAACCCAUCAGGAUGGCACUGUGAGAGGUAAGUAUUUCUCCUUAAGGCCCGUCCACACGGUCAAGCUUUGCCCAGCGAACUCUGUUCGAUGUGAUGUCGGAAGCGGAGAGACCGUGGAUAAGGUUCUGACAUUUCCCGCUUCUGAUGUCACAUCGAGCAAAGCUCGACCGUGUGGACGGGGCCUUAGAGGUUGAGGGAAUUACAUGAUAAUGAUGAGCAUCUUUAAAAUGUCCAAAGUAUGUUAACAGUUAAACUUGAUUCUGGUUUAUGCUGGAGUACCAAAGGUUUAAUAAUGAGGAUUUUUUUAGUUUUGAUCUAUGCAGGAGUACUAUAGGUUUAGUAAUGAGGAUUUUUUUAGUUCUGGUUUAUGCUGGAGUACCAUAAGUUUAAUAAUGAGGAUUUUUUUUUAUUGCUAUUGUCAGGUUAUAAUUUUCAUCCAAAAUGGAACUUAUUGCAAAUGUGAAAUCUUUUUGGGUUGAAGUGCUAUCUCCAAGAAAACACUGGGAACAGAAAUUUAGUGAGGUUUAUUAAAAUUUUGGAAUUUAA